UCGCGUCCUGAACUGUCCGGGUUCCAAUUGCUAAAUGGAGGACACUGCCCCGUCCAACGUGGGCUUUGUGCGUCACCACCCGUCCAUUCCCGAUCCGGUGGACAUCCGUGUUCCGGAAAAAACCGACGUGGUUGUCGCCCGGCCGCAUGAAACGUGUGCCCUUGUAAAGAAUGAUCUCGUUGCAGACAAUAUGUCUUCGUCAAGGGGCGAAGGGGAGCCUGCAGCGACCUCCGGGAUGGGAUCUGGGAAACAUUCUACAAAACGGUCGUCUACGACCUCGAGGACGUGGUCCGACCACGCUAGGUCGAAAUGGUUCGUCGACUGGAGCUGUGCUGAUGCUACGAACCCAUUCCAACAGCCGUGUGGUCCUGUGAUCUUCGUCGAAGCCAACAAGCGCCGCAGGGUUCUGGGGGCUGUCUUGCGGUGGGAGAAUGCGAAAGGCAGUCGUCGACGGUUUUACAUGAAAAAUGUGUACGGUUCGAAGGGGAACGUCGUCGCCGGUGCCAAGGGGGCAGUUCUUGACAUGUGUCUGUUCGAGGGGUUCGGAGCGGGUGCUGCGAACACCCCGUUCUACAACGACCUCCGGCGGCAGGGCAAGUUUGUUUUGGGUCGAGAGUUCUUCAACCUGUUGGAGGACAAGGGCAUCGCCCUCGACGUCCCUUGCGAAGUCAGUCCCGACCUAGAACUGUCAAUGCCUUUGCAGCCGUGCGGCGGUUGUGAGUCGAGCGGGGCAGCGGGGGAGGGGGGGGAUCUGGGUUCAGGGGAGGCUACACAUGUGCAGCGGGAGGAUGCCAGAGAGUACAAAGACGGCGUCAGGACAAGGCGGGAGUUUGAGAUCAGCCCGGCUCAGAUCGUUGGCAUAAGGGAGUGGGAGGAUCUUUACAACCAGCGGUCGCUAGAUCCCGUCCUCGUGGAAACGAUAAGGGAAGCAAUGCGGUCUGCGUUCGAAAAUAAAGAACAGACGUACGAGUUGCCGGUCUUCAAGCUCGCACCACUGGGGCUUCAAAAACCAACUCCUGGGACCAAGGCACUACGUCUGAAGCCGGAGGAGUGGAAGGAUGAGCUGGCGGGAGAAUACUACUACUACGCGGUGUGCGGGCAGCACAAGGCGGCUACAGCCAGGUUGCUGCUCGGCAGCGAGGUGGCCAAGAAGUACAAUUUGGAGCGGUGGCCGGCACGGAUGGUGUACUUUUCCGACGAUGACUUUGAAGCGUAUUUUCUUGUUAGUUCACAGGACAACAAGGAGGACCUGAAGGCGCCUCCCAGACAGUUGAAACUUUCUAUUAAAGACAUUCGAUGGCAGUGGAAGCAUGACGGCUGCCCGAGAGCUGUGAUGGGGAACCCUAGCGGGAAACAAGAUCAGGUCCGGGCUUGGCAUAAGUUUUGUACAACCGCACUCCAUAAGGCGCCUCAAAACAGCUUGUGGCUUCUCGCGGAUCAAAAGGAAGAGGAGGCCAUUAAAAAGCAAAAUGUUGCCCUGCGUUCUUACUUACCUCUGGCGAUAGCCGGGGAAAAUGUCUGGAAACUGGCCGUGGAAUUUUUCGAAAAAUGGGAGACGGGCAGAUUGCUGAGCCACGAUGGGGCGAAGUGGACUGUCAAAAAGAAGAAGGUAAAAAACGUAAAGCCUGGGGUCGCCUACAUCCACAACGACAAAUUGGGCAGAACGGAGGUGGUGUACAACGUCCCCGUGGACUCGCCGAAUAAAAAGGGCAAAAAGGAGAAAGAGGAGGGCGAUUGGUUCGUGCAAGUGCCAGACCCGGAUGCGCAUUGUUGGAAAGCAAUGGAAUCACUCACGGACAAUGAGAAGUGUCGCGUUCUAAAAAAGGUGCUUGCUUGCGAGGUCGCUUGGGUCCAGGCCGGCUCCCCGUCGUUGGCGAAGUUGGAAAAACUCAGCGUGCAGGACAUGGUUCAGCUGGUGAAGUACGACCGCGUGCUGGUCCGGUUGUGGAAUUACUAUCAAUUCAAGCACGAGCAGAGGUCGGACGCGGACUGGAUCCAAAGGUACCGUUUUCUGAAAUCGAGGUCUGCCGUGUUCAAGAAGUUUGAAGGUCAAGGAUUGGAUGACGAAUUGUGGGAUAACAGCAGGAAACACGUUUCCGACUCGGCGCUGUUCAAGGACUGCCCGCCGUACAUGGGUUGCGACCAGGACAACUCGAUUGAGGUGACGGAGAAGUUGGCGGGCCACAAGAAGUUGUCCGUCGACUGGAGAAACAAGGUUCUCUCCAUGUUGAAUGGAAGCAGACUGAAGAGCCGGGAAGUCGCACUUGCCGAAGGCGUCGUUCACAUUCAAUGGAAAGACACGGGGGACGUGACAUCCAUCGCGCCGUUCGCCGACGAACCUUUAGAGGCGGACAUCAGGGACGCAGAGCUGAAGGAGGCAGUGGCUUCCACAAAGAGCCACACGUUCGUCCUCGAUCUGUGCGAGCCGGUUGACCUCAAACUGUGGAAGCCCCAAGCGUGGGAGACGUUGAAUUCCUAUCUUCAGACGUGGUGUCCCUCUCAUUGGACUCUCAUUGUUUUCGUGCUGCGGCAGCACAACCUGUCGUUUCUCGCUAGCAUGCACCAUCUUUCUUUCGUCAAGCUGUUGGAAGCGAAGUGGGUGCGGAGAGUGCAGCAAAAAAAAAGCUUCCCCGUUGGGAACAAUUUGUACACGGAGGAAGACCGCAUGUACAUCCUCUUCAAGGGUGACGAUCUGCGCGUCAACACGUCCGUGGUCUACGAGGGAAACCUGCCCACGGGUGUCGCUGCUGCAGUGCGAUUGCCUCAGAGGUUCACCCAGACGGAUGUGUCUCAGAUUCCUUUCACGCCUUGCGACUGGUCGCUGGUGGCGCCUGAACGACAGGGCAGCGUCUACGGGGAUAUGGAACGCAAUCCGAUCCAAUUCGUUGGUCUUCUUGAUUUUCUUGGCAAAAAGGGAGAGGGUGUCAUCAAGGUCAAUUCGAGUGGGCACAAUUGUGAGUUCCUAGUCGUGAGGCCAACACGGGAUAAGGUGUGGAGCAAGAAGACGGAUAUGUGGUUCAAGUUGAGCGAGAGGAAGAGGAACAAGAUGUACGAUUUCUUGUUCCUUCAAAUGCGUCCGAGGAGGGACACUGACGCCGAGUACAUCCGCCGGAAGGACCACAUGUUGGCACUGCUCGACAACUACCACUUCGCCUCCCACAUGAACGCGAAGACGUUUAUCGAAAGGCUGCAAUCGCUGUACUUCGUGGAGUCCGAGGAGCAGUUGAAGUUAGCCAGUUACGCUUCCCUGAUCUCCACUGACGACGAGGAAGCCAUAGGUGUGGAGUUUGUCGCCAACGCGAAGGAGGAGGAGAGCGACACGGAGAGCAUCGACCUGCAGUACGACCCGCCUCCGGCGGACGACGGCCGAGGGUCCUCGUCGGCCGGUCCAUCACCAAGCGCUGCAGCCCUCGUGUCACCAUUGGCCAAACCGGCGCCGGGCACCACGCCGAUGAAGUUGUUGGAGAGACAUAGAGCUCUGGCCGCCCCCCCGCCCGCUUUGCGUCCCGGGUCCGUUGUCCCGCCCGAUCAUCCGUCUUGGAAGGAUGACAACAUCCACUUCCUGCUUGAACCGCAACGUCAUUCACCUGAGCAGGACUGGGGCCAUGACAUGGUUUGGCAUCCGGGAGUCAUCCAGCCAGCGAUACGAAAUGGCAAGUGGGUCAUGGCCGUGGCAAUCCCGGGCGCGGGAUGGGUGUCAUUCCCACGCGAGUCGAAGUCCAACUUCCUGCACCUCGCAAGGAUUUCGGUCCUCCAGAAAGUGAAGGUCGAAAAUGACACUUUAGCACCCGACGACCUGUCCCUCAUUUCCACUGUCGGUCGACUGUUCGACGAGCUUCAGGACAAGUGCUGGUUGGAAUUGACGGAGGACUACUACAAGCUCGACACGAGUCCGUCGAAGGGCGUGGUGGACUGGAAAGUGUCCCCUCCCAGUGGGUCGGACGGUGGUUCCGGAGGGGGGUUACAUGGAAGCGGAGGGGAUGGGGGUGGCGACGCAGGGGGUGGCGACGCAAGGGGUGGCAAAGGAAUCCCGCCUAUGGGGGAGAGAGGGUCUCACGGCCGCAACACGACACCGGGAGGCAGCGCCGGGGUGGCGGGUUUCGCCGUCGACCGGACUCCGUUGACAGGCACCCGGCCGAGCACACGACACACUCCACCGACCCCCAGACUUCAUCCGUGGACUCAGCGAGGGACACGUUGGCAGCCUUGGUUGCUCUGGGCAGUCGCUCGGCCGGAAAGCCGAAGUCCGCCGGGAUUCGAACUACGUCGGGUGAGGAGCAGCCAGAGCGGUCCGGAAUGCGAAGUUGCUCGGGGUCGGGGGAUCCAAGCACGGAUCGAGAAAUUCGCAGCAUUGCGGCGCGGGGCGGAGAUGUCGGAAAGGUGGAUUAUCGUGCCGUUGAGAGGGGCAGCGUGCACGGGGACGGAAGGGCGGUCCUCGCGAUUCGGCACGGGUACCGCGAAAGGGGACGAGUUUCGUGGGAGGGAAGUAGGGGAGGAAAUGGAGGAACAGAAGGGAGCGCAAGAAGGGGAGGAAGAGGGGGAAGAAGAGGUGGAAGAGGAGGAAGUGGGAGAAACGGAGCUAAUUGAUUUGUUUGAAGGAAGGGAGGGUGCCGGGUUUGGAGAAGACGAAGUGGAACAUAGUGAGGACGAUGCCGGAUCUGGAGACUCGUGUGACGAGUUCGGACAACUAUACGGAGACCAUCACGAGGAUGAUGUCGAUGACGAUGCCACGGCAAUAGAGAUGGAGACACAAGUGGUCAGCAGCCUUUCCGCAGAGCCUGAAGAUUAUGCGGUCCGGCCACUGACGUCUGCUGUCGACUUGCAGCACCGGUUCGACGAGGCUUCCAUCGCUAUCAGCCCGUCUGAAAAAAGUCGACGUAUAAGCAUCGACGAAGUUAUCGAUGGUAUCCUCGGCGACCACAACGUGUCUGCCCGUCUGUCCGCAACUGCGAACGUCGCAUCUUCCGUGGCAGCUGCCCUUGCUUCGUCGCCGCCGAAGUCUCUGGUGCUGCAGGCCACCCUUGCCGCCGAAGGGGAAGGCGAGUGCGGUGGAGGACAGCAUGUGACGUCCCCAAAAAAAUCGAGGUUCGGCGGUCAGGCUCUCGACGUGCUCGCUUUGCCUGCGCCAAAUUCACCAUCGAAGGAGCGGAGAGAGAAAAAAACUGGGGUGGUGUCGUCUCGAACACGGAGGUCCUCCAAAUAUCCAGAGCACAUAUUGCAGAAAGUCCCCGGGUUGAGUAAAAAACACAAGGAUAUGUUAAAGGCAUCAGGGGUUAAUGUCGAGAUCGGGAAGAAGGAGUACACCGUUGCCAUUGAGGAAUGUCUUUCCCUUCUUGCCCCAAAGAAAGGGACAUAUCCACGAUAUGUGAGUAGGGGUCAGGCCAUGUAUGAGAAGUACUUAGCAACGCGUCAUGCACCGGGGGACAAUGUCUAGAACUCCGUUUCUCACUACCCCACAUGUCCUUCGCUCGAUGUUGUGCAGUGCGGGCAACAAGUGCAGCACGCGGGAAAAGUUUCACUGCGACGAUUGCGCCUCUUAGCUUGCGUGUUUUUGACAACAUUGUACGACGCUCGGAUUGCAGCAAAAGAUCUCCUCACCCUCUUGCAUGUCAACGGCAGGGUGAAUGAUGAGGUGGUCAGUUUCUAUAUGGCGUUGUUGGGGUCGACCGCAUGUGGGUCACAUGACAUCUCUUCAGGCCUUCAAGUCUUCAGCUUUAAUUCGUUCUUCUUCAGUAAACUGCGACUUCAAGG